GAGAGAGAGAGUGAGCGUUCUACUUCUCAUAGAUGAGCAGCUGCUAGGCAGACACUGUCUUGAAAGCAGAGAGACAGUGAGAGAGACCAUUUGGUGCCCGAACGCAAACGAAAGCGAGCGAGCGAGUAAGAGAGGGAGGGGGAGAGAGAGCGAGAGAGAGACACACACACACAGCGUGAGGUUGUGGUUUAAGCAGACUCUAGCCGUGCAUUUAGGGAAACCCACAAACUCAGCUCCCUGGGAUAAAAGGCUCGAUUCUCACCCAUUUCUUUCAUUCUUUAGAUCCUCAAGAGGGCCCCCUGCUCUUUUUCUUUUCAUUCUUUUAUUUUAUUCCCUCCAUCCUUUCUCAUCCUCCGGAAAGAGCCGGAACGCUGUGGUCUGCCUGAAACACAUCAAGCCGACAGUGAAGACCGAUGCUGUGACACAACAGGAGAAACAUACAGGCUCUCUCAUUUGAUGCAGUGAAUUGCUACGUGAGGAAAACGCAAGCAAAGGUUUGCCGGCCAUGGGGAACCUCAUUAAGGUCCUUGGCAAGGAUUUAGAAAACUGUCCUCAUUUUUUCCUGGAUUUUGAAAAUGCCCAGCCCACAGAGGCAGAGACGGCCGUGUGGAACCAGGUUAGUGCCGUCCUGGAAGAGGCUCAUGGGAUACUGGCGGAGUUACAGUCGUACAAUGGAGCAGGACAGGAAAUAAGAGAGGCGAUUCAGAACCCCAAUGACCUCCAGCUGCAGGAGAAAGCCUGGAACGCAGUCUGCCCCCUGGUGGCCAAGCUGAAGAGAUUCUACGAAUUUUCUCUCAGGCUAGAGAAUGCUCUGCGCAGUCUACUGGAGGCUCUGACCAGCCCGCCGUACCCUCCAAUGCAGCACCUGGAGAGAGAGCAGGCCCUGGCCAAACAGUUCGCAGAGAUCCUUCACUUCACCCUUAGCUUUGAUGAGCUUAAGAUGACAAAUCCAGCCAUACAGAAUGACUUUAGUUACUAUAGGAGGACCAUUAGCAGGAAUCGCUUGAACAACCAGCAGUUAGAGGCAGAGAAUGAAGUGAAUAAUGAAAUGGCCAAUCGGAUGUCUCUCUUCUAUGCUGAAGCCACACCCAUGCUCAAAACCCUGAGCAAUGCCACGACUAAGUUUGUGUCAGAGAACAAGACUUUGCCAAUCGAGGACACCACAGAUUGCCUGAGCACCAUGGCCUGCGUGUGCCGCGUCAUGCUGGAGACUCCGGAGUACAGGUGCCGCUUCACUAACACAGACACAAUGCUGUUCUGCAUGCGUGUGAUGGUGGGCGUCAUCAUCCUUUAUGACCACGUUCAUCCAGUGGGUGCCUUUGCCAAGACCUCCAAGAUUGAUAUGAAGGGCUGCAUCAAGGUGUUGAAAGAGCAGCCUUCAAACAGCGUGGAGGGUCUGUUGAAUGCACUGAGGUACACGACGAGACAUUUAAAUGAUGACAGCACCUCUAAACAAAUAAGGGCCCUGCUUCAAUGAAAGCUGGAGGUGAGGGAGUUGACAACAAAGAAAUGGACUGUCAGAAAACAGAUAAAGGUGGAUGACAAACACGGGCGAACCAACCUCCGAAACAUGUUUGUUUACAAGGGCGCAAUGCAACUUGAUCUCAAAUGAAAUAUAAGAUAUUCUAGAAAAGAGAAAGGAAAAUGAAAAUAAAUAAAUAAAUAUAUAUAUAUAUAUAGAUUGUUGAUGGUUCAUCACCGUGUGUCAUUUUAUAAAACAGGAAGAGUAGAGAUAUAUAUAUAAAUAUGUAUAUUAUAAUUCAACAAUUGAACAAAACUGCAGCCUAAUACCCAAUUAUGGUCUUUCAAAACACGCAUUAGAAUUUAAUUUAAGGUGAAAAGUGCCGACAGAGUAUUUUUGCACACUUGAAAGUAACAGGAAUCCCACUUUUCGAACUGUGUAUAGUUCAAAUCCAUAUUCAUGCUUUAGACUUGAUCGGAUUUUUAAUGCCUUCGUCUCAUUGUCCUUGAUACGCUUCAUCCAGCGCAGUCCGUGUUACAGGACAAAAGUAUAACCUUUACGCGAUCUAUUUCACAUCAUAAAGGGAGACAGGUUUACGUUUCAUUGAGCUGUAUAUAUUCAGAAAGCACAGGAUAGUUUUGUAAAGAAAUGAAGCAUUUUGCUUGACUCGCUCACUAGUGCUGUACAGCAAUACAACCGAUGUAACAAACACA